AGAAACAUGAAGCAGACAAAUAUUGGACCGCAAGUUUUUGCAGUUUUGACAGGCUCGCUGCUAUUUACUGCGACCGGAUUCAACGUGGGAUGGUCAUCGCCAACGUUGCCCAAAUUACUGGAAGACACUUCCAUCCCAGUUACAGAGAACCAAGCGUCUUUGGUCAUUAGUCUCUUAUCAUUCGGAAGUACGGUUGGUCCACUCUUCAGCGUCGCUACCGUCGACAGAUGGGGAAGGAAGACGUCGAUGUUGCUCCUGUCAAUUCCAUUUAUUGUGUCAAGCAUCCUCAUCGCCAUGGCUCAAAACUACUGGUGGUACUACGUGGCAAGGGUUAUUUCCGGACUUGCGGGUGGAAUUACUUGGACCAUUAUCCCCAUAUACCUUGGCGAAAUUGCAGAGGACAGAAUACGCGGAGGCCUUGGCGUCACGACGGCGAUUAUGUUGAACUUGGGACUCGUGAUGGCUUACAGCAUCGGCCCGUGGGUCAGCAAACCAUUGCUCGCAGCUCUGGGUGCGGUGAUUCCAGUUGUGUUCCUCUUAAUGUUCACAUGGAUGCCAGAAACACCAUACUUUUACAUGAUGAAGGAUAAGCCAAACCUCGCCAGGAAGAGUCUCGAAUGGUUAAGGGGUACAACGGACGUUGACCAGGAGGUUGAAGUGGUCAGAAAGAAUGUAGAAUUUGAUCUACAGAAUUCGUGGACACUGAAAGAGCUGUUCACAGACAAAGGAAAUCGAAAGGCAUUCCUUAUCAUGAUCGGACUAUUGACAGCCCAAGAAUUAUCGGGCGUUGUGGUUAUCUCGUCUUACAGUACCAGCAUCCUCAGUCAAGUAGGAUCCGGCAUAACUUCCAGCAUUUCCGUCAUCAUAAUUGGAGUUGUUCAACUCAUCGUCACGGUAUUGGUUGUAUUUUUUACUGACAGGGUAGGCAGAAGACCCUUGCUACUUGGAUCCCUCUUUUUCAUCAUUGUAUUUCUCACAGUCCUGGCGGUGUACUUCCAAUUUCUCGCCAACGGUGACGAUAUCUCAGGAAUUUCGUGGAUACCCGUAACGGCAAUAGUCGGCUUCGUUUGCAGCUUCACAAUGGGCUUAGGCACGAUGCCCACGUCCAUAGCCUCCGAAAUCUUCCCAUGCAACGUCAAGGCUUACGCCUCGAUCAUCUCGAAUGUAUACGUCUUCUUCAUCGAAGGCGUCAUUCUACAAUUGUACCCAACUCUGGUGAAUGCCUACGGAAUUCACAUCACGUUUUACAUUUUUGCGGGCUGCACGACUGGCUCAAUGAUUUUCACAUUUUUCUACGUACCUGAAACCAGGAUGAAAUCAUUGGGUGAAAUUCAGCUGAUGUUACGUAAGCGUUCCGAAUCAAACCAAACGCUGCAGCCAGUAUCCGCGCCCGAUUCCAGCCAAAAUAACUCCAUAUAUUUUAUCGCCACUAACGACGUGAUCAAGUAACCGAUUGUCUGAAGGAUGUGAUUCAACUAUUAUAUGGGAAGUAAAUACUUGCGAAUAUUUUCGCUUCAACGACAUCAAUCGAUUGUACUAAACUACUGUAAUAAAACUCAAACGAAUAAUUUGGGUGUAUUCGUACUCAUGGUGAGUAUAAACGACCAUACUUUUCAUGUUUUUACGUCAGACUAUGAGACCCUUAUGUAUUAUACACACCGUAGGUGUAAUAUUUCUACGUAAAAAAAAAAAAAUGCGUAAAUAUAACUGGAAAAUGUGUUUUUUUGUCAAAGUGUAACAUUUAAUCCAAUAAUAAUGCCUACUGCGAAAACAAUUAUUUGCUAUCCUCUUUGAAUUGAUAUAAUAUCAAAUAUGUUCUGUAGUAUUAAUUCUGCAAAUAAUGUUACGAAGAAGGUUUUUUAGAAGCUUUCUUACGUCACAAUUUGAUGUAAAUACCAAAGCCAUCGC